AUUAAAAAGUAAAAUAAAAGACUAUUUAUAAGCGCUUUUGGAGCCACAGAUAAUCCGACAAAUUAAGAUCCUAAUGUUGUAGCUAAAAAACUAGCUGACUGGGUAAAUACUUAACCAUAUAUAGACGGAAUUGAUAUUGAUUAUGAAGAUAAUGAAGCCAUGGAAUCUUAAAAAGGAGUACCAUGGUUGAUUGAAUUCACAAAAACACUAAGAAACAGUUUAAAUAAUAAAGAUAUGUAUAUAACGCAUGCACCUUAAGCUCCUUAUUUUUCGAAAAUAUAUUAUAAAGAUGGCGCAUAUGCUACAAUUCAUAAAGAAGUUGGCCAUUUAAUAGACUGGUAUAAUGUCUAAUUUUACAAUUAAGGUUAGAAUAGCUAUGAUAAUUUCAAUUAUUUAUUCAUUGAAAGUGGAAAUACCUUCAAACAAACAUCUUAUAAAGAAAUUAUUAAAUACGCAGAAGUCCCAAUUAAUAAAAUUAUUUUGGGUAAGCCAGCUUCAGCAGCAGACGUUUAUAAUACAGGGUUAACUGAUCCUUACUUCCUUGGAUAAAUUUGCAAAUAAGCUAAAGACUAACAUAAUUUAUAAGUACCAGGAUUUUUCAUCUGGUAAUUAACUAGUGAUAAAUAAUGUGACUUCAAUUAAAAUUUCUAUAAUGGGUUAAAUGGCAAAGGAAAUCCAUUAUAGCCAAAUUAACCUUCAUAACCGAAUUAACCUUCAUAACCGAAUUAACCAAGCUAGCCUACUUAUCCAGCAUAACCUAUAAUUCCUAUUUAACCAACAAAUAGAAUAUAAGAGCCUCCUUUCAAAAGCAUUGCAUAUGUUAAUAAAAUAUCUAGUUGGUAUGGUACUAAAGUAUUAGAUAAUUUAGGUAUUUAUUCAUGCUAUGAUGUAAUAAUAUUGACUUUUUGGCUUUCACACACAGGAGCUGCUGAUGCUGUUAUAUUUUAUUAAAAUAUACAUUCUUAUGUAGGAAGUGAUAUAUAUGGAAAAAGCGAUAGAGAAGUCUAAUAAUAUAUUGCUAAAGAAUUUAAAAAGUAAAAUAAAAGACUAUUUAUAAGCGCUUUUGGAGCCACAGAUAAUCCGACAAAUUAAGAUCCUAAUGUUGUAGCUAAAAAACUAGCUGACUGGGUAAAUACUUAACCAUAUAUAGACGGAAUUGAUAUUGAUUAUGAAGAUAAUGAAGCCAUGGAAUCUUAAAAAGGAGUACCAUGGUUGAUUGAAUUCACAAAAACACUAAGAAACAGUUUAAAUAAUAAAGAUAUGUAUAUAACGCAUGCACCUUAAGCUCCUUAUUUUUCGAAAAUAUAUUAUAAAGAUGGCGCAUAUGCUACAAUUCAUAAAGAAGUUGGCCAUUUAAUAGACUGGUAUAAUGUCUAAUUUUACAAUUAAGGUUAGAAUAGCUAUGAUAAUUUCAAUUAUUUAUUCAUUGAAAGUGGAAAUACCUUCAAACAAACAUCUUAUAAAGAAAUUAUUAAAUACGCAGAAGUCCCAAUUAAUAAAAUUAUUUUGGGUAAGCCAGCUUCAGCAGCAGACGUUUAUAAUACAGGGUUAACUGAUCCUUACUUCCUUGGAUAAAUUUGCAAAUAAGCUAAAGACUAACAUAAUUUAUAAGUACCAGGAUUUUUCAUCUGGUAAUUAACUAGUGAUAAAUAAUGUGACUUCAAUUAAAAUUUCUAUAAUGGGUUAAAUGGCAAAGG